GCGAGGGAUCACUGGCUGUCAUCAGGUCGGGAGGAGGAGUUUGGUAAUGUUCAGUUUGUAGAGUAGAUGGAUGUUGGCUGCCUGUGUGUGAUAGAAGAGAGACGCCUUUCCUCCCUGCCCAUCUCACUCCCAGCCUGGCAUCUGACAAGAGCAGUCAGUGGUGCCCCUGCCCUCCUCUCUCCCACCGCCACCACCGCCACCUCCCCCCCUGCACCAGGGAGAGGGGGGGUCCCAGGAUUAUUGUCACCCUGCGGAUGAUCAGCAGAACUGAGGACAUCCAUUGAGGAGAGGAGAGGAGGGAGAGAAGAGAAGGGGGGGAGACUCCGCACAUCAUACUCAAGGCAAUCUGUUUUCUCUCUUGUUUUUUCCAUUACUUAUUUGCUUUGACCUGGAUUGAAGAAGGGAGCCUGGAAGGAGAGGACGAGGCGUCAUGCCCAGGAGGAAGCAGCAGGCACCAAAACGGGCAGCAGGUUACUUCCAAGACGAAGAGGACUUGAAAGAAGAGAGCAUAAAAGAUGAAGAGGAGGAAGAUGAUGACAGCACCUCCACUGCCCCUCCCCAGGACAGCACAUACUCUCCCACCGAUGAGGAACAAGAGGUAGCUGGGGACCCAAAGAGAAGCUUAAGCUUCCAGGGCUCCCCAGCAAGCCACACGUGCAACCAAGAUGGGGAAAACGAGUCCUUACUAAGUGAUGCCAGCGACCAGGUGGCGGACAUGAAAAGCUUAUCAUCUCCUAAAGAUGCUCAGGACCAAACUACAAACCAACAACCCAGGCUGCAAGGGGAACCCCAGGACUGCAUCGAUAAAAUGAAGAUGUCCUAUGCCAACAUAUUGUCCGACUCCUACUGGACAAACUUAGGACUGAGUCUUAAGAUGCCUCGCACUGACAGAAAAGUGUGCGAGAGCCGUAACGGAACCAGUAAAGGAGAUUUUGACUGGCAUCAGGAUGCCCUCUCGAAAAGUUUACAGCAAAACCUACCUGCGAAAUCCAUUUCCAAGCCGAAUCUUUUCAGCUCUGUCCAGCUGUACCGGCAAAACUCCAAAAUGUACAACACCGUUUUCACAGGAGCAAGCAGGUUUCGCUGUAAACAGUGCAGUGGCGCGUACGAUACCUUGGUGGAACUUACCGUUCACAUGAACGACACGGGCCAUUAUCAAGACGACAACCGCAAGAAAGACAAGCACAGACCAACCAGUUACUCAAAGCCUAGAAAACGGGCGUUUCAUGACAUGGACAAAGAGGAUGCACAGAAAGUUUUAAAAUGCAUGUUUUGUGGAGACUCGUUUGACUCACUUCAAGAUCUUAGUGUCCACAUGAUAAAAACGAAACAUUACCAAAAAGUGCCUUUGAAGGAACCCAUUCCAAGCCUCUCUAAAAUGGUCCCUUCUACGAAAAAAAGAGUUUUCGAAGUGACCCGACCGUGCUCACCGGAUUCCACCACAGGUUCCAUUGUGGAACACUGCAGCACACACAAAAAUUCAAACGCCCAACUGCCCUCCAACAACCGCUAUGGAUAUCAAAAUGGUGCCAGCUACACUUGGCAGUUUGAAGCCUGCAAGUCUCAAAUUCUAAAGUGCAUGGAAUGUGGUAGUUCUCACGACACUUUGCAGCAGCUCACCACACACAUGAUGGUCACUGGACAUUUCUUGAAAGUUACUAAUUCAGCCUCAAAAAAGGGCAAGCAGCUGGUUUUGGACCCACUGGCUGUAGAAAAGAUGCAGUCCCUCUCGGAUUCCCCAUCGAGCGACAGCCAGUCCAAGCCAUCCGCAAGCUCUCCAUCUGGGGGAUCAACAUCGGAAAUGAUGACCAGCAAAGAAUGUAAAGACGACAAUUCAGAAGAAGGUAACAAAGAUGAAAAAGCAGACUUGAGCGAGGAGCAAAGGGAAGCUCUAGAAAAGCCUUUAGAUCCAACAUUGAAAUACCAAUAUUUAAGAGAAGAAGAUUUGGAAGAUGCUUCUAAGGAAGGAGGUGACAUUCUGAAAUCUUUAGAAAACACAGUAACCUCAGCGAUUAACAAAGCCCAAAAUGGAACUCCAAGCUGGAGUGCAUAUCCCAGCAUCCAUGCCGCAUACCAAAUCUCCGAUGUCAUGAAACCUUCUAUGUCUCUUAAUUCUCAUGUAAUGCAGAUGAGGAACUCCUUCUCGAAUAAGUUUAGGCCGAUUGCUCCUAAAGGCAAAUCUGUGCCUCUUCCCCCAAGCACUCCCGAACCCCAAUCUACACAAGUUAAAGAGGAAUCUGAGGAUGCAGAAUUUGAAAAAGAGUUCGAAGAAGAAAUUAAGAUGGAUGGAAUGUCAACUGAUGAAAAUGAAGAGUCACCCAAAACCUUAGACUUGCUUGAGAUGAGAAAAGAGCCAAACAGCUCACCAAGACCAGAGGAAAAGAUUAAACUAAAUUGUGAAAAGGAGAAGGCAAGGUUCCUGGAGCCAAUGGAGUCUUCACCAGGAAGUGAAGACUGUUCGGCACUGAGGAGUUCAGCAAAUUGUUCCCCCGAUCUCCCAUGCGUAAACCCUCUCAGUGCUUUGCAGUCUGUUCUAAACAAUCACCUAGGAAAAGCCUCUGAAUCACUGAGGUCUCCAGGUAGUUCAAAUUCCACAAGUCUAGUCACCGUGUUUCAGAAGCCCCCUGUGAACCGGGUGGACAAACCAGCUGUAUGUCUCACUCCACCGCGGCCUACAGCUAAAUUUUUAUUUGAAACCAUUGACCAGCCCAUUGACCUCACCAAAUCUAAGAAUAAAAAGGUUGAGUCUGCUAAAGCCAAGUCUUGCAGGUCUCCACCUCAGAAGCAUGCUCUGUCAGACAUAGCCGAUAUGGUCAAAAUUCUUCCAAAGGCUACAACCCCGAAGCAUGUAUCUUCUGGAAGAAUGGGCCACAUGAAACUAGACAUGGACUCCAGGCACAUUGACCUAGUCCCCACCGAGGUCACAUCACUGCAUAAAAGAAAGGGAAGACAAUCUAACUGGAAUCCUCAGCAUCUCCUCAUUUUACAAGCCCAGUUCGCCUCCAGUCUCUUCCAGACUUCAGAGGGAAAAUAUCUGUUAGCGGACCUUGGACCUCAAGAACGAAUGCAGAUUUCAAAGUUUACCGGACUAUCCAUGACAACGAUCAGCCACUGGUUGGCCAAUGUCAAGUACCAGCUUCGGAAGACUGGCGGGACAAAGUUUUUGAAAAACAUGGAUAAAGGACACCCCGUGUUUUACUGCAGUGACUGUGCAUCUCAGUUUCGAACCCCCUCCAGCUACAUAGGCCACUUAGAGACCCACCUUGGGUUCCAGAUGAAAGACAUGAACAGACUGACUGUUGAACAGCAAACCAAGGUCGAAAAGGAAAUCUCGCGAGUAGCUGUUCAGCGGUCCCCUCAACCCGCAGCUGGGGACGACGAUACGGACUCCAAGUUUAAAUGUAAAUUGUGUUGUCGGACAUUUGCCAGCAAACACGCAGUCAAGCUGCACUUAAGCAAAACACAUAGCAAGUCCCCGGAACAUCAUUCACAGUUUGUAGCUGAGAUUGAUGAGGAGUAGUUUCUAUAUGAUGCAUUGAUUCUGAGUUUAAUCCUUUUUUUUUUUUUUUAUUUGGACUGUACAGUUUAAGAAACCAACAGAACGGGCUUGUGUGCUUUCAUAGAAGUAGUAAACCUAUUGAAGUGUCAGGUGUAUGUCGGUGUAUAUAUAUCUGGUGAUGUAUAUACUGGUCUACUUUGCAUUAUGUUCUGGUGGGUCAGAGACCCCCGCCACAUGCACAUUUUCCAUUUUCUUUUUGGUUUUUAUAAAAUGUUGCUGCUAAAUCCAUAUCCCAUAGAAGCUUCACCAGAGUCCCAAUUUAGCUGUAGCCAGGCCGAUCUCUAUACGAGGAGAAGCCUUCAUAUAGUAUGACGGUUGGGGGUCGCAUUUCCCAAAGGGCCAGUGGGCUCUGCAGCCACAGAUGAGACACAUUGAGAUGGGUCGCCUCUAUGACAUUGCAGAUCCAAUACACACUACAAGGUUUAACUUGUGGUGCAUGCAAAAUUAAGAGGGACGUUUUCUUUUUAUGCCUAUUACACACUGUAGAGUGCGCUAAACUCACUCUCGCCAUGAGGUGACCCUGGAGUUGACUUGUCCAUCAGCAAGUCAAUUUCAGAUUUCCAUACACACCUAUUAACACAUCAGCCUACACACGUGAGGGUCCCAACAUUUUCUAGCUCACAAACCAGCUUCAAACACAUAUGGCAACAAUGGGGCCACUAGUGCUUGAUGGUGGCGCUCUAGGCUGAGGUGUGGCACUCAGGAUAGUAGGAUGCCAGCGUAAG